UUCAAAAUUUCUAUCAUGUGUAGAACAUCAUUUAAAUAAUGCUAUGUUGGGCUUAUGGCAUAACAUGAUUUACUUUGUCCUAUUGUGCAGGUGAUGAGGGUAUUCUCAAGAUGUGAAAUAGUAGGUAGAAGGUUUCCCAUAUGUCACGUGCACAUCGGUGAUACCAUUGUGGAGGUUUCAAGUUUUAGCACCUCAACAAGAAAGUCGAAUAUGCACUUGAGAUAUGAAUUUGGAAAACCAGUGGCCCUAAUUAUAGGAUCAUGUCGUUGCGAGAAUGAUUGCUCAAGUAGUGCAGCUUUGCCUGAGAAUGGCUCUUUUUUUUUCCUUCCUAUCCCAGUGUUUUUAUUUCUUUUAUUUAUGUGUCUUUAUUGCCACAGGCUUAUGUUUGAUCCAUAUGCAAAAAUAGUGUACGAUUAUGUGGCAGGAAUUGAAGAUAUUAAAAAAGCUAAAGUGCGAACAGUGAUUCCUGCAAGUAGUUCUUUUCAAGAAGAUUGUGCUCGUAUCCUACGUGCAAUAAGGAUUGCUGCUCGUUUAGGAUUCCAGAUUUCAAGAGAAACAGCUCACUUUGUCAAAAACCUGUCUUGUUCAAUAUUAAGACUUGACAAGGGAAGGCUUCUGAUGGAAAUGAACUACAUGCUGGCAUAUGGUUCUGCUGAAGCAUCUUUAAGGUUAUUGUGGAAGUUUGGACUCCUAGAGAUACUUCUACCCAUUCAGGCAGCAUAUUUUGUUGGUACUGGCUUCCGAAGACGUGACAAAAGAUCUAACAUGCUUUUGUCUCUGUUUUCCAAUUUGGAUAAACUUCUGGCACCUGACAGACCUUGUCACAGUAGCUUAUGCCGACAGACAAAAAAAUUAGCCUCUGGUUUCUCUGAUUGGCUGGGAGGGCCUUGGUUCAAUGUAUUUAUAUCGUUGGCAUUGUAUUUAAAAGCAUGCAGGAUUUUUGGAUGCGUGCGAGAUGGUCCAGAGGAGAGAUUUUUGGCAAAGCAAGGCAGUAAGAUUGACUAUGAGUCCUUAGCUUUAGGAAGCAUGCAAGAAGUUCGCCAUGUAUUUGCUAGGAUUGUCUUUGAUACUGUAUACCCUUUCAGCCUAACCCAGAACACUAUCCCUCCAUAACAUUUUUGAAUGCCAUAGCAUGUGAAAUGUGAAAAAUUUUAAGCUCUGUUUAUAAUUUUCUGCAAUUGUUUAUUAUUACCUUGAACUAGAGAAAGGACAUGCCACUAACAUUCCUUUCUCUAUAUUCUUUCAUUUGUAUGUAACAUGCCAUUCUUCCUUUCACAGUUUAAACUCUCAGUAACGAGUGUUGUCAAA